AUGGAUAUUACCGAUUUCGAAAGCGAUCCACUAUCUAGUGUAUGCUUACAUUCAACAAUUGACACUAAUACAUUAAAAAAGAAAACAUUCCUACUUGGUAUUGAUGAAGCAGGAAGAGGACCAGUAUUAGGACCAAUGGUUUAUUCGGCUUUUUUCUGUGACGAAAGUCAAAUAUCAAUCCUCCAACAAUUGGGCUGUGCAGAUUCAAAACAAUUGACUGAAGUGGUUCGAUCAAAUAUAUUUUCUCAAUAUGAAAGUCAUAAUGAACAUUUAGGCUUUGUUGUUAAAGUUUUAAGUCCACAUACUAUAUCUACAAGUAUGCUUAGAAGGUACAAUUUAAUUUGUGUUGCAGACAAGUAACGAGUGUAACAGAAAUAAACGCACUUUUUUAUUUUCACUAUAACUUCGUCGGGUUUCGUCCAAUCGACUUAAAUUUUUUUUUAUUAAAUUCGUCUUGGAAAUCUUUACAAAAAUAUCUGAUAACUAGUUUUCUAACAAGAAAAUUGUUAGAGUUGUGGAACCAAAAAUAGGACGACUAAAAACACCAACUUCAUAAGGCAAAUUAUGAUUUUUUUCACAGUCUAAGAUAGGAGAAAUUCGAGACGACUAUUCGAAAGAGCACAAAAUUCUCUGCAAACUGUGGUUUCAAAAAAAAAUUGGAUAACUCUAGAGCCCGCAAUAGCAAGGAGCAAUUUUUACAUUUUCUAAAAAGUCACCAUUUUGGACGCAGAUUUUUGCUCGCUCCACGAAAAGUUCCAUAACUCAGCCAAAAAUCGUCCUUUUUUUUAACAUUUUUUUUUAUUUUGUAGCCCGUAGUGUAAUCAGUUCGACAACGCCACUUUUGAGAAUUUGACGAACUGUUUGCUUACUCUUUUUGACUCAGAAAAUCAAAAAACACGUUUUUUGGCUCUUUCAUAAAACGUUGAUUUUUGAGCUGCCUGUGUUGAUGUCAAAAAUUUUUGGCGUGCACUAGGAAGAGUAUACUUCAGAGUAAUAGUAUCAAGCAGAAUCGAAGUCCUCAAUUCAAUUACAGUUUGAGAAAAUGUCAAAGAAAGUAUGAAAAAUAUGAUUUAUGAAGUUGGCGUUUUUAGUCACCCUCGCUUUUUAGUUUAUAACUCUAACAGUUUUCAUUCUAAAAAACUUGUUAAGAGAUAUUUUUGUAGAGGAUUUCAUGGCGAAUCUUAUAAAAAAAAUUUAAGUUGACCGCAUAUUAUCUGACGAAGAUAUACCGAAAAUAAAAAAGUGCGUUUAUUUCUGUUACACCCGUUAUGUAAGUGUUUGUGAGAAUGGUACAGUAAUGUUUUGUUAAAAAAUCCAACAAGUCAGGGAUGCCAUUCCAUAUUUUGUUGGAAGCGGCGCCGAAGGUUCGAGAAUUAGAUUUAAAUACACAACUCAUGUUGUAUUACACUAGCUGAUAGGCUUGACUUGACAGUAUGCAGUCUGCCUAAAACUAGUAAAAAAAAGCGAAGCAUAUUUUUCAAGUCGGACUUGCAGCAAAUCUACUGAGGCUUCAGUCCUUAACACAAAAAGUUAGAUAGGUUUAUAAAAUUGCUUAGCGGCAUUUUAGGGGCUUCGUUUGGGACAGUCAUACUGGAGAGACCUUUAACUUUGACAUUGAUCAAACACCAUUUUUCUAUUCCAUUUUCAAUGCUGAAUAAGUAAACAUUACUUUGGAAAAUCCAGACUAACGCAGACAAAAUUUGAAUUCUUUUGAACAUGAAGGACUCUUCGGGUUUUUACGUCCUUCAAGUUUUCUAAAUUUAUUACCAUGGAAAAGGGAUUUUCGAAAAUUAAAAAAUACAUUUUCUCUACCAGCUCGAUGCGCUCUAUCCAACGAUGUAUAAAAAGUUGGAAAAAACUUUUGCUGAAAGUUUGCGCUAGGCGCGCCGUGUAUCUUGACGAUGUUUAUAGUAUAGGAGGUAUGAUAUUAGUUAGUGGUCUGUUUUUUCAAAAAAACGAAUAACUGAACUGUAUAUCUGUGUCACAGUUGUAACUGAUUGAAAAAAUUGGAAUCGGAUCGGCCGCUCAGAAAUCAGCAUCAGAUCGGUAAAAAAUCGGUGGUUGUGCGUUCAAUCCACCAUAAAAAACCAAGCGCUCCAGGGCACUUUUUUGGGCGAUGAAUGGGACACUUUGAAAUGUGUCCCACUAUGAAGCACUUUUUGGAGCCGCUGUCAACGCGAAAAUUAAAAAUAGUGUCCAGUUGUGGGGCACUUUUCAAAGUGUCCCAUUCAUCCCCUAAAAAUGUGAGUUAUCUAACGUUAUUCCUUUUUUGAUAUUGUAUCUUUUCUUUUGUUCUUUGUCACCCCUACAACUUAAUAAAUCGGUUCGAGCUAUAUUGCACAUCAUUCCUACACUAAUUCUUUUUUUGGGGAUCACGCUUUUUGAGGAGAAAUAUUAUAUUUGAAAACUCAUGAUCAACUAACUGAUGCUCAGAUAUUCUUUAAAACAUUAGGAGGUAAAAUGGAUCCAUCCAAUCUGAAAAAGUAAGUUACAACAGCUGUAUUUUCAUGACGAAUCAACAUUCCGAGCCAAGACACUUUUCAUUUUCUAGAUUUCAUCUCGCUUUGACAACCAACCUUCAUUCUCGUUAUAGCAAUGAUCAUGAUAGAUUUGGGCGAGUUUUUUAUAUCCUUCAGUUUGCUCUACGACUUGAGCGUAUAGAGGUGCGUAAAUCUGUUUACGUGCCUGAGUGUAAUCAAGCUUCU